AAAGAUAGCAUUAUGAAUGGGGAUAGUAUCAAGGAGGCCAGACAUCUUCUCAAGGAGAUGGAUAUUGUAGGUGGAGCAGUAGGACCACCUACUAUAUCAAAUUUAAUAAAUGCGUUCACAAUAAUAACAGUUGUCGCAAUGGAAGUUUGGUUACCAGUGGAAGACUUACUAGUUUCCAAUAUUGGGCGCAUCAAGAACAAAAAAGGUAUAAUUUUAAGACCAGGUGUUUGCAAGAGGUCUGGUUAUGUACCAACAGUUUUUAGGAUUAAUGGUAUACAUAAACAUACCCGUGUUCAUAUUUUAGUUGCACGUGCCUUUGUUCCUAAUCCAGAAAAUAAGCCUUACGUUAACCACAUUAAUGGAAUCAAACAUGAUAAUCGGGCUGUUAAUUUGGAAUGGGUAACUCCUAAAGAGAAUGCUGAACGUAAGGUAUUCCCAAACUGUGGUCAUGGUAAUUCUAGGUGGACCGUACAGAAAGCAUUAGAUGGGGGAGUUAUUCAGAUUUGGAAUUCUAUUUGCCUCACUGGUAAUAUGCUUAAAAUUGCAGAAAAUAGCAUUUCGGAAUGUUGUAGUGGAAAGCGAAAUACUGCCAGUGGCUGGUGUUGGAUAUAUUAUGAAAAUUAUAUACCACAGGAUCCUAACAAAGAAUGGAGAGAAAUAGAAUAUAAAUUACGAAAGUUCAAAGUUUCAUCUCUAGGGAGAAUUCGGUUAGCGAAUGGUGCAAUUACCCAAGGAUCAUUAUACGAAGGAUAUUUUCGAUUCAACCAAUGUUAUAUUCACCGUUUGGUAGCAUUAGCGUUUUGUUCAAAAGAAUGUGUAAAUCGUAUUGAUGGUAAUCGUACCAACAAUAAAGCAUCCAAUCUUGAAUGGUGCACACAAAAGGAAAAUACCCAACAUGCCGUGUACCUUAAGCUUUGGGCUGAAGCACAACGCAUGACUGGAAUUAAAAGUCAAAAUAUUGGACUAGUAUGUCGAGGACUUCAAGCUCAUGCUGGAGGAUAUUGUUGGGA